AUGCCACCCAAGUUACACAUCCACCCACCCCUCCUCAACACCGCCUCCCCCUGGUCAACUUCCCGCGCCCACCUCGCCGCCCUCCUCCGCUGCCCCUCCCUCGGCGCGGUAACCACCCGGACGAGCCUCCUCAGCGGCUUCCCUCACGAUCCCUCACGCCACCGAUACGCAUUCUUUGAUCCCGCGGCCGGAGCUCCCCUCUCGGUCCCCGGUAACAACAACAACAACAACAACACCAGCAGCAGCAACAUUCCCACCGACAAACUGCCCCUCGCAUCCCUCAACACGCUGGGCUACAGCCCCCUCCCCUUGUCAGAAUACCUCUCCAUCAUAUCCUCCUUCACUCACUCCCCGCCAUCAAGCCCCAAAACAAUCAUAAUCAGCAUAACCGGCUCCCCAAGCCAAAUAUCCUCCUCAUACGCACUCAUCUCCUCAUUCUCUCACUCACCCCAAUCCCCAUCCCCUUUUCCCCUGGCCAUCGAAAUCAACCUCUCCUGCCCCAACAUCCCCGACCUGCCCCCACCAGCAUACUCACCCGCCUCGCUGGCGACAUACCUCGCCGCUCUGCCCACCGACUCGGAUAUCCCCAUUGGCAUCAAGAUCCCACCAUAUACCCACGCCGGCCAAUUUGACGACUUCGUAUCCGCCCUCCUCGGCUCUCACUCCCCUUCUUCACCACCACCAUCAUCAUCAUCAUCACCACCACCAUCGACUUCAACUUCAUCCUCAAUCCCAGUCCCAGCAUCGAAACUGAGCUUCAUAACAGCAACAAACACCCUCGGCUCAUCCCUCCUCAUUGAUACAGCCUCCUCCUCCUCCACUUCCCCUGGACCUCUUCUCCCAGACGCUGGCAUCGGUGGGAUGGCUGGCCCGCCUCUCCACCCCCUCGCGUUGGGCAACGUCUCCAUUUUGCGCCGCAGGUUUGAUGCUGACCCGCGACUGGCGCACCUCGACAUCAUCGGCGUCGGAGGCGUUUACGACGGCCAGGGGUAUAAGCGAAUGCGCAGCGUGGGAGCCAUGGCCGUGGGCAUCGCGACGGCGCUGGGCAGACAGGGCGUGGACGUCUUUACUUCCAUCGAAAAGGACAUCAACUCUGCUUGGUAG